GGCAGAGCUCUAGGCGCAGACCGUGACGAUGAAGACUCCCGCGGGCGUGCGCAUGCGCAUUGCGCUGAGCCACCAGCGCAACCUCCGCUACGUGCUGCUGGCGGCGUGCGGCGCGCUGCUGUUCGUCAUGUACCUGCUCAACAAGACGCCGGCGCCCUACACGUACGACAAGCUGUCGGACGAGGAGGACAAGCGCUUCAACUCGCAGGCCAUCAUGGACCAGUGGCCGGGCCAGUGCCAGAUCAAGAACUUCGAGCAGCUGCGCCGCAUGUCCAUCGUCUACACGUGGGUCAACGGCAGCCAGCCCUGCUACCGGCAGCUGCGCGAGAAGGCCGGCGGCAAGCACGCCGUGGGCGGCUCGCGCGACCGCGAGAUCGGCGAGCUCAUGUACUCGAUCCGCUCGCUGGAGAAGUACGUGCCGUGGCACACGGGCCAGAUCUACAUCGUGUCCCCGGGCCACAUCCCGCACUGGGUGGACAUGAACAACCCGCGCAUCAAGGUCAUCAACCAGGACGACCUGUUCCCGGACUACGCCAAGGAGUUCCUGCCCACGUUCAACACGCACGUGAUCGAGCAGUUCCUGUACCUGAUCCCCGGGCUCUCGGACAUCUACAUGCAGGUGAACGACGACUACCUGUUCACCAAGCCCAUCGCCCCCCACGAGUUCUUCACGUGCGACGGCGGCAUCCGGUUGCUGCACGAGUCCGGACUCAUCUCCCACACGCCCCCCACGCCCAAGAAGGGCAUCUGGAUCGCCUCCGUGCUCAACACGCAGCAGGAGAUGGAUCUGCGCUGGGGCAAGACGGACCGCCACUUCAUCAAGCACGCGCCCUUCGUGUACUCGCGCCGCGCGUUCGAGCGCGUCCACCAGAUCUUCGACCGCCCACUGUACAUGACGCUCAAGAGCAAGUUCCGCGGCAAGCCCGACAUGAACAUGCCGCUGCUGCACCACUACUACAUGGUGGCGCAGGGCAGCGAGGAGCUGGGAAUCCCGAUCUACUCCCCCCCUGAGGAAGAGAUGGCCGGCUACAAGCUCAUCCUCAUGCAGAACAACAACAUCGACAAGCUCAAGCAGACGUUCGGCCAGAUCCUGGACGGAUCCACUCCGUACAGCAUUGUGGCGCUGAACGACGAGUACACGGACAUGCGCGUGGCCGACACGGCGCUCGAGUUCCUCAACAAGUUCCUGCCCGAGCCCAGCAGCUUCGAGCGCAAGCCCGACUCGGAGCCGCACGCGCUUACUGCCCGCAAGCCGGACACUUGCGAGGUGGACCCGAUGAUCCUGUCGCCCUUACCGCGGCGGGUGGAGGCUGCACCCAAGUACCAGGUGAUCGCGUACCGCGAGCUGCGCUGGGUGGCGUUCACGAACUCGCUGCUGCGUGGCAUGGGCUUCGGUCUCGGCGCUAUGAUCAUGUACAUCUUCUACUUGCUCGUGCUGCGCCGCAGCAAGGCCCCUGUCGGCUCCAACGGCGCGUACGACAAGGUGUAA